UUUUAGGUUUGGUAUACUCAUCUGAGUUGUUGAUAAGCCCUGAUUUAUUACUCCACCGCUUUGUGGUUCUUUUUCAUGUUUCAUCUCUUUCUUGGAGCCCGCCAGAGUUUGGAGCAAUCACUUGGCAGGCUACAUAGUUCAAGAGAAAGCUCCGCAAUUCUUGGAUUCGGAUACUUUGUUCAUUUAGAUUGCAGAUGCGAGUCACGAGGUCACCGUCGAAGGUCGUCAGUCAAGCUCUUAAAAACACCUUCGAGACCUAUAUAUUGACUGGAGUGAUACCCAGAAUUUGCAACAGUUGCUUCUUUACUCCGGUGGAUACAGCUCUGGGUGUUGUCAAAUAAGUUGCUAUGACGGUGGUACUGGUAACCACAAUGAUUGAAUAGUUGAGGUCGAUCGUAGAUUUGAAGGCUUCAGUUCGCUUGCUAAGCUGCAUUGUUACCCUGAGAACCGAGCACAAGUAAAGGUUC